GCUGGAUUUGCAGAAAGAUAGAACAGCCUAUCCAAGACGGACGCGAAAUCGUUUUCGGUGUUCAAGGCACACAAAUCUGUCGGUUGUACGCCGCAUGCCGGGUGUACUGGAUAUGCUAUUAGUGCGAUUUGACACUUUGUCUUUUGCGGCCAUCUAGGAUGCUGUGUUCGGGGUGAACGCAAAGUUGGUGCAGUGGAUUGUUCCGUCCCGGCGCAGCGGUCCGCACAGACUCUUCGCAACAUACCGGCCACACAUCAGGAUCACUGCAGCCCCUCAGGUUCCUGAGGCCCAUGUUCCCGAGCAGAUGGACCGGAUGAAGAUCAUUAAGAGGCGUUUGUCUAUGAGCCUCCGCAAUACCAGGCCAGCAGACGAGUCCCUCUCAGAACUGUCUGAGCAAAGCAACCUGGAUGAGCCGGCAGCUGUACGAGACCAUGAGGCCAUAGUCUGCUCUGUCCUCCCUCCCGCCUCCCACAGUGCUCCCUCUUUCCUGCGGCAGUACGCGGGCGGGCUGGGCCGACCGGCGCUCAGGAGGGACGGGCUGGACCGACCCUGUCUGGGCCUGCACAGGACCGGCUCUCUUGGAAUUGUUCAUGAGAACGUAAAGAUGGGCUCAGAUGGGGAGAGUGAUCAGGCGUCGGGGACGUCGUCCGAUGAGGUGCAGAGUCCUGUUCGAGUGCGCAUGAGGAACAGCCACGCCCGGCGCAUAUGCAACGAGGACAUAAACAAGCGCCUCUCUCUGCCCGCUGAUAUUCGUUUGCCGGAGGGUUACCUGGAGAAGUUUGCCAUGAACAGCCCCCCCUUUGACAAACCAUUAAGUCGCAGGCUCCGGAGGGCAUCACUCUCUGAGAUUGGUUUUGGGAAACUGGAGACUUAUAUUAAACUGGACAAACUUGGAGAGGGCACUUAUGCUACUGUGUACAAAGGACGCAGUAAACUGACAGACAACCUUGUCGCUCUGAAAGAAAUUCGCCUGGAACACGAGGAGGGAGCUCCCUGCACUGCCAUACGAGAAGUUUCUCUUUUAAAGGACUUGAAGCAUGCCAACAUAGUCACUCUGCACGAUAUUAUCCACACAGACAAGUGCCUCACUCUUGUAUUUGAGUAUUUGGAGAAGGAUCUGAAACAGUAUAUGGACGACUGUGGAAGCCUGAUGAGUGUGCACAACGUGAAGAUCUUUCUGUUCCAGCUUCUGCGAGGUCUCUCCUACUGCCACCGCAGAAAGGUGCUGCAUAGAGACCUGAAGCCUCAGAACCUCCUCAUCAACGAGAAGGGGGAGCUCAAACUGGCCGACUUUGGUCUGGCACGGGCUAAAUCGGUCCCCACGAAGACGUACUCUAACGAAGUGGUGACGCUGUGGUACAGACCGCCUGACGUGCUGCUGGGAUCCACCGAGUACUCCACCCCUAUAGACAUGUGGGGAGUGGGAUGCAUAUUUUAUGAGAUGGUAACUGGUCGGCCGUUAUUUCCAGGGUCCACAGUUGAAGAUGAACUUCACCUUAUAUUUCGUAUCCUAGGCACACCGUCAGAUCUGUCUUGGCCAGGAAUUACCAGCAGCGAGGAGUUUAAGAACUAUAAUUUCCCACGGUACCACCAAGAGCCACUGGUGUCUCAUGCUCCACGGAUAGACAGCGAUGGACAUAAUUUGCUGUUAAAAUUACUGAAGUUCGACCCAAAGGCGCGUGUGUGUGCAGAGGAAGCCUUGAAGCACCGGUACUUCAACAGUUUUGGCGAGCAGGUGCACGUGCUGCCAGACACGGCUUCCAUCUUCUCACUGAAAGACAUUAAGCUCCAGAAGGACCCGGGAAGGCGCCCGGUGAGACAAGCAGAAGCAGCUGAGGGAAAGAAUCGGAGGCAGAGUGUGUUGUUUUAGGACAAAGAGCCUUUUUUGCACUUAUUUAUCCAACACACAGACUGAGAUAUACAAUUAUAAACAUGGAAAUAAACAUCAAAAUCCAGAUGAGGAACGCAAGAGUGGGAUGGAGAAACUUGGAGGAACUCUGAAAAAGAAAAAAAAACUACAGGAAGAGGAAGAGGACAAACCUCAUUGCUGCUGCUACUGCUGCAUCCUUUUUUUCGUUUGUUUUCAGGACGCCGACUGAGGAAUGCGGAACUGAGGUGGACUAUCUCCACUGUUAGCUAAGCUGUGGUUGCUACUCAGUUGUAAUCUUAUAUAUCACGUCACAUCUCAGCAUGCAUGCAGCGGUGUGUGUGCACACACACUCUCACUCACUGCAUUGACCUGUGCCAGUGGCAGUGCAUGUGUACAGGUGUGUGUGGUCCAGAGAAGCAUUUCAUUGACAUAUAAUCUUGUAUUAAGCAGCUGCUGCCACUCCAUCUGACGAACACGUUAACGGUUGCGCUUCCUUUAAGUAACAUUAAGUCUUACUUACUCUGGAUUACAUGGUAAGAGAACUUGUGAUGUUCAUGUUUCACAGAUACUAUUAUUCUGGCACCUUAUUCCUCUGUGAACCCACUCAGGCGGAUUGCUUCAUAAAACACACAUUUGUGUGGAUUGGACAGAACUGUGUUUCUGUGUGUGUGUGUGUGUGUGUGUGUGUGUGCGUGCGUGAGAGAGAGAGAGAGAGAAAGGAUGUUUUCACUGAGUCUCAUGAAUACACCAUGACAGACAUGACAUCAAACAUUCUCACUCUGCUCAGGGUGGAGCCAAACAGGCUUGUGGGUAUUGAAGUUCUCAGAGAGUUCUUCUGAGAAUGUGACACUGUGAAGACUCCAGAGUGAAGUAGAUGUACACAGAGCUCAGUUCAGGCUAUUCAGGAAUCUGGCUCAAGGAUAGAAAAAAAGAGUCGAUCCAAAGGAGAAAUGCUCAGAUCUUAACCCAGUUCACCACAGAAAGCAAUACAAAAACGAGGACACCUGCAGGAAUAUUAUGUCUGCUGUCCAGUACUCAUAUCUCAGAAAGUCUUUGUGUAUUUAUCCAGUUCUUUCAGUCUUGUAUAGGUUUUACCUCAGUAUAUGUGAACCACUUUCAUCCGACAAACCUUUUCACCCUUAGUGUACUUCACUUGUAAUCUACGCAGGUGCACACUCCUCAAGUCACCUCUGGUCAUCUCUCAUGGUUGGGCAUCAUCUGUCAGAACGCACAUUCACACAGACACCUCAAGGCACACACAUGGUCCACAUACGAAACUUGUAGAAACCACUGAGGAGGUCAAAACUCAGAGAGUAAAGACACUAGCUAUACUCUUUGAUUCAUUCCCCCUCAACAGUUGAAUGUUGACUAGCCAUUUGUGAGUUUUUUUGCCUGUUCUUGCCUCUUCAUGUUUUGGUUGUGAAGAAUAGGAACAGGUUUACUAGAGGUGAAGGGGGUCUUAACAAGACUGAGCUCAGUGUUCAUCACUCACCACCGCUGCACCUUAUGUUUGGUCCACCUGAUGGCUGUGCCAUCUCCAUGCUUGUUUCACAUGAGAUCUGUGUCAUUGUGGAAGUCUACAGUCUACUCAGCCACAGGCCGUGUUCCACGGCAUGUUCUUAUAUUGAAAAUGUGCACCACAGUUUUGUCGUCAGAAUCUGGGCCUUUCUCAGAAAGAAAGGGCGUCAGUAAAAGCACCAUUGUGUCCAGUCUUUUACAGAAGGUCAGGUCAUCAAUAGGCUGCUUAUUAUGACCACUCGACAGCCUUGCUCGCUCGACACACAUGAAAUGCAAGUUAUUUUGUAUGCUUCACGCCCAGAUGUCACUGCCUCACAGGAGUUGCUCAUCAGGUGAAAACAUACUAGCUCUCUUAUCUGCUUAGCAGUAGUUUUCUGUUAUUGGACUUAAAGCAAGGCUGCUAAAUUUUAAGCUUAACUUGUGUUGAAUAUAGAAAUGGAUUGAACUCUGAUGUGUAGAUUUCAAGAUGGUGGGAGAUGGAAUCUGACACAUAAAUGUAAAGUGGGAAAACAGCUGUAAAAACUGUUGCAGAAAUCCCAAGUGGAUUGACUCCAGCCCAUUAUCAAGUAGAUGUAGAAAUUAAAACGGCUUGCUAAUGCUACAAAUGGGAGAAGUGGUUCAAGGUACAACGUUUUGUGUAACUCAUUUCAGUAUUGUUGAAAGCUUGUCUUCCUUUAUGAAGUCAUCCUUACACCAUAAGACUUUGACAAGAGCUGGGAAAGACUCCUGAAAGAUAGUGGUCUUUUGAAUAAAGCUUGAACAAGGGCCAUUUGUUAAAAGACUCCAGUCUUUUAAGAAUGUUUUCAAAAUCUUGUCAAGGUCUUCUGACGUAUGGGUAGCAUUAGUUGCUUAUGACUUAAUUCAGGAGAACCCUGAAGUCCGAGCAGCUCUCCGAACAGAACUACAAUAAACCUGUUUGAGUGUCCACACCUGAUUCCCCAUUUCCCUAACUGCUAUCCCCACCCCCAGCCCCCCACUCAUGCUCUUAUUUCAUGGCAGAGGAACUCUUCCUAAGGUGAAACGAGUUCAGUCUGUCUGGCACAUCUAGCCGUCUUCUGUCUAGUGAGGGAUUCUCCACUAAUAAACAU